AAAAUCAAAUGCACCAGUAUUUUGUAUGUCCGAUUGGUAUUGUGUUUUCAGCACCUUGGAGAGCAACACGACGCAUUAAAGUAUGCGUAAUACUCAACAUGACCGACAGAAAAUGGUCACUGUUCACCCUCCAUACUUUGAAUAUUGAGAUCUUUGAAAUGUUUUUUUUACAUACUUUGAUUGUAUUUUAGUUGAGAAGAAAAACGUUAUGUUGUAAUACAUAGUAUUACAAUUUAAUUUCAACCUUUACACGAUAUUUCCCCCCUCUUCCCUUCUGUCAUCAUAUUUUCUGCAGUAUUGCUUUCUGAACUCCAUGGGCCGCUGUUGCCUAGUCUGUUGCAGAUGUAGUAUAUUUACAGCAGCACCGCCUCUUCAUUUCGGUGUAUUAGAGAGAAAGGGCAGGCACAGAUCGCAUUGUCUACGGGAGAGGAGCCGAAAAACACGACGAGGCACAACUCUCUUUCUCUGGCUUCAAAUAUGAGGAUUAUUUUUGCUUCAACUUUUAUUUGAACACUUGUCCAUCUUUCUGACGGAUUCUACGAGGUUGCUGUUUGUUUUUGCCGAGAUAAUACCGAACAAUGAGACGGCAAGUACUGUUGUUUGUUUCGAUCCUCUCUCUCAGAUCAGUCCUCGGGCAGGUCAGUUAUUCUAUUCCGGAGGAAAUGGCGACAGGCUCUUUGGUCGGUAAUAUAGCUCAAGAUUUAGGUUUAGAUGUUAAACGACUGAGGUUGGGAAACGCUCGGGUUUAUUCGGGUGACAGCGGAGAGUACAUCGAGCUGAACAGCGACAGAGGAGUCCUCCUUAUUAAAGAGAGAAUAGACAGAGAGGCGUUAUGCGGAGAUACGACACCAUGUGCUGUGCAUUUUCAGAUCGUGUUAGAGAAUCCUAUAGAAUUUUACAGUGUAACGGUGGAAAUUACAGAUAUCAACGACAAUGCGCCAUCUUUCGAAAAGAGUGAUAUCAAAUUCAGAAUUAGCGAAUCUGCAGUCGUUGGGUCUAAAUUUGUUUUGGAAAGAGCUGUAGAUUUAGAUGUGGGUAUAAAUGGUCUCCAAAGCUACAUACUCAAGCCAAGUGAUAAUUUCUUACUCAAACUGCACAACCAAGCUGAUGGUACAAAGAAUGUUGAGAUGGUUUUACAAAAACCUCUGGACAGAGAGAAAAAUGAGUUCAUGUCUUUGGCGCUGACGGCUUUAGAUGGAGGAGAGCCGCAGAUGUCAGGAACAAUGCAGAUUCUCAUCACAGUCUUAGAUGUCAAUGACAAUGCACCUGUUUUUACACAGCAGAUAUACAAAGGCACUGUAGCUGAAAAUGCUGCAAAGGGCACGAUCGUGACCACUGUCAGUGCGUCAGAUGCUGAUCAUGGGUUGAAUGGUAAAAUAACAUACUCAAUCACAAACACUUUCGAUGACGUCAGACACAUGUUUGAAGUAAAUGAGGACAGCGGUGAGGUUAAACUGGUUGGACAUUUAGAUUAUGAGAAGAAACGAAAUUUUCAGAUCAAUGUGCGCGCAAUGGAUAACGGGGGACUAUCAGAUUCAUGUAAAGUGAGUGUAGAUGUCGUUGAUAUUAAUGACAACAAACCAACAAUUAAAAUCAUGUCUAAAUCAACGACUAUAUCAGAGAGCGCGAACCCCAACACAGUCGUUACGAUAAUAAAUAUUCAAGACCCAGACUCGGGUGAGAAUGGCAAAGUUCAGUGUUUUAUAAAUGAUAAUAUUCCCUUUGUAUUGAAAUCUACAUCAAAUAAUUUCUAUAGUUUAGUGACAGACAGUGAUCUGGACAGAGAGAGAUCCUCUGAGUAUAAUGUAACAGUGACGUGUUCUGAUGAGGGAGUGCCCUCCCUCUCCAGCAGCGUCACUCUCACCUUACAGAUCUCUGAUGUGAAUGAUAACGCGCCUGUCUUUGAGAGGAGCUCAUAUGAGGCCUACAUUGUAGAAAACAACACACCAGGCCUCUCUAUAUUCACAGUGAAAGCCAGAGACGCUGACUGGAACCAGAAUGCCCGUGUUUCUUACAUACUGGAGGACUCCUCUGUUAACGGAGUGCCAGUCUCCUCAUAUGUGUCGGUUAGUGCUGAUAGUGGAGUCAUCCAUGCAGUGCGCUCUUUUGACUACGAGCAGAUCAAAGACUUCCACUUCCGCGUCAAAGCGCAGGAUGGAGGCUCCCCUCCACUCAGUAGCAACGUGAGUGUGAAAAUACUGAUCCAGGACCAGAACGACAACCCUCCUCAGGUGCUGUACCCAGUGCAGACUGGUGGCUCUGUGGUGGCUGAAAUGGUGCCUCGUUCAGCAGAUGUGGGCUAUCUGGUGACUAAAGUGGUGGCUGUUGAUGUGGACUCUGGACAGAAUGCCUGGCUGUCCUAUAAACUGCAGAAAGCCACAGACAGGGCGCUGUUUGAAGUGGGCUUACAGAAUGGAGAAAUAAGAACUAUCCGCCAAGUGACUGAUAAAGAUGCUGUCAAACAAAGACUGAGUGUUAUAGUGGAGGACAACGGGCAGCCCUCUCGUUCAGCUACAGUCAUUGUUAACGUGGCGGUGGCGGACAGCUUCCCUGAAGUGCUGUCUGAGUUCACUGACUUUUCACACGACAAGGAGUACAAUGACAACCUGACUUUUUACUUAGUCUUGGCUUUGGCUGUAGUUUCCUUCCUCUUCAUCACGUGUUUGGUGGUUAUUAUAUCAGUGAAAAUCUACAGGUGGAGACAGUCUCGCAUCCUGUAUCACUCCAGUCUCCCUGUCAUCCCAUAUUAUCCACCACGUUACUCAGACACUUUGGGGACAGGGACUCUCCAACACGUGUACAAUUACGAGGUGUGCAGGACGACAGACUCCAGAAAGAGUGACUGUAAGUUCGGCAGAGCCGGUAGUCAGAACGUGCUGAUAAUGGACCCCAGUUCUACAGGGACGAUGCAGCGGAUACAGAGUGACAAGAGCAUCCUGGAUGAACCUGACUCUCCUCUCAAGCAAAAGCCCCCCAACAAUGACUGGCGCUUCACACAGGGACAGAGACCUGGACCUAGCGGUCCCCACAUGCCAUACGGUACACACAUACGAUGGACGCCGAAGAGUGGGACAAGGGCAACUGGAGGACCUGAGGUUGCCAUGGGAACUGGCCCCUGGCCACAGCCCCCAACUGAGGCUGAGCAGCUCCAAGCCCUGAUGGCUGCAGCUAACGAAGUGAGCGAGGCUACGGCCACCCUGGGACCAGGCACCAUGGGCCUGAGCACCCGCUACAGCCCUCAGUUCACCCUGCAGCACGUGCCCGACUAUCGCCAGAAUGUCUACAUCCCUGGCAGCACGGCCACCCUCACCUCCAACCCCCAGCAGCAGCAGGCCACGGCCCAGCAGGCCUCCCAGCAGGCACUGCCCCCACCUCAGGCCUCAGCCCAGCCUGAGCCUCCCAAGGCCGCUCAGACCCCUGCCUCCAAGAAGAAGUCCACCAAGAAGGAGAAGAAGUAGAGCUGGACGGAGAGAGGUGGAGGCAUGAUGAACCCGGCCUGAUCUGAUGAGAAAUUCAACCCCCCAUACCCCCCCCCAUUAGGUAUCUUACUGCUCUGCUGUCACUCAUGUUAGCCACGGUCUAAACAAUGACAGCCAAUCACUUUUGACCACAUGGACGUUGGAUGGAUGUUGAUGGUUCUUUGGAAGUGUCUUGAAUGUGCUGAAGGCCGUUGUUGGUGUUGAUAACCCGUGCUGUGCUCAAGGUCUAGUAUUGCUCACAUAAUCUUUGUCGGUAGAUAAUUUUGGCAGGGUAUGGGGGGUUAUUGUGAUUUUUUUUUAUUUUUUUUUUAUUUUGGCAAAAUCAAAGAACUUGGACAAAGAGAUUCAGUGUAAGGAACCUUGCUGGGACGACAAGGCUAUACGCAGUGAUGUAUUCAGAGAUGAAAUGUUAAUGUCUUUCAUGUUGGAUUUAUUGUGCUCUUUCCCUGAGACGGAAAGUCAGCUGUUGUAAAGUAAGCUAGCUGCCAUCCAUUAGAUUCCUAUAGGGCCAGCCUUGCAGGGUCUUAAAGCAAAAGUCCUGUGGAUAUAAGGCUGCUGUUUGACAGGUAUUACAAACUCUUCUGCAUGCUCUUUAAGGUUCAAACCACAUAUACUAGUUUAGAGUUGCAAACUAUGCAUUGCAAAAGCAAAGAGGAGGACAUCCUGAAUCUGUUAUCCUCCCUCCAAUCGCAGGUCAAUAUAAUGCACAUGUAGCAUUUACUUGACACAAAAAUGAAAAUUACUUUUGUAAUCAUAGUUUAAAAAAAAAAAGAAAUAAAGAUUUUAAUCUCCUGAUAUUUUUUAUGACCUGAGCAUGCACCCAGAGGAAGGGCUGGCAGAGGGUGGGGGUGGCACGGCGUCGUGUGUCAUGGAGUCACGAGCCAUGCUGUCCAUGCAGGUGGUAUAGCAGCAGGGACUGGCUUCUUGUAUAACACCUCCAGAUGGGCUCAGACACGUCCUGCUGCCCUGCACCCUCUACCCUCCCCUCCUCACACCCAGCUCGUGUCCUCCCCUCACUCACUACCCCACGUUGAGAGCCAAACUAAGAGAAAUGCACUGUUCGUAUUCUGAAGAUGAGAUGAUGUAGGGGUAGUAAUCACUUCGGUCUUUAGGGAAACGCAUACAUGUGGUAAACUUAAGUGCUUAGGAGACACUCUGCAGGCCUCUAGGGUCUCGGCAGAGUAUUACCCCUCACUAUCCUGAAGUGUUGGAGAAACUUGAUGUGACACAUAACAUGUUUUUUUCUUUUGGGAGAUAAUGAUUCGAUAGCAUAGAGGAAUUGUUUGUAUAAGAUAUGAAGUCUUUACUUUGCCAUCCAUCUGUCUGUCCGGCCUCUGGCCAGAUACAACUGCAUGAGAAAAGGCAGCUUGCAGGCUGGGUCAGGGGGAGCGGAGGGAAUGUGGUGAGGGGUGCAAAGACUGAGGUGGCACCUUUACAUUGACCAGGGGGUGGUGAACAGCCUUGGCUCUACCCACUGAAUGUACAGAGGAACCACUGUUGACCUGCUCACCCCUUAAACUUACUCUAAUGCACUGACCCAGGUUGAGGUCAACAGAGCCAAGCACAGCUGUCCCUGUUGGUGAGGAGAUACCACUCGACAGCCCUGUCAAAUAUCCCUCCUCCAUUGACAUCAAUGGGAAACCUUAGCCUCUCUACCGCUCACCUCUCCCCUCCACUCCCUGGUCCUGUGAGGCUCUUCCCCACUGUAAAUACACACAAGUCCUGUCGAUGGUAUGAGCCAGUUGUUUGUAUAGUAGGGACCACGUCCAACAUUUUCAAAAUAAAAGUCCCUCUCCACAAGGCGUGGCUUACUACUGGAAUGUGUUGCAUUUUGUUUUUCAAGAAAAAUAAGAAAACCACAGUUUGAAAAAAAAAAGAAUCAAUAAUGAAUAAAAAUCUGAGAUGUUCUUCAACAGUUUGUGUUGCAAUGUAGUAACUAAGCACCAUGGAAGCCAACUAACUCUUCAGUGUAAAUAAACGAAUUAAAGACAACUUUAGAUAAGUAAACAAAGUGACACACGUAGACUAGUUAACUUGUGAUAUGUGUUGCGCAUAUUUUUGUGUUCAUUUUCUCUCUACUAUCUUUUAUCACCCUGUAAAGAAACAAAACGAAAAAAAAAUAUGGAAAUGUUUCUAUCCUUCUGUAACCUCUUAAUGUUCUUUUGCGGUGAUUUUAUCUUGUGCAUUUGUGAAAGAAUGCCUCUCAUUCUCUUUCUGUCCAUAUGAACAAAUGAUUAUAAAUAUUAUAUAUGUGUAAGUCCGUCCGCUGCUGAAUUAAUACUACUCUAUCCUGCUGUAUUAUCUUUCUUAUCAAAUGCUUAGCCCCCACGCUAUACCCCUGUGUUACUCUUAUUUUUAUGCUAAUAUUUAUAUUGCUGUUUUAUUUUCUCUUGAACACUGACAUUUCAAAUAAAAAGAUUCUGAAAUCAUUAAAAAAAAA